AUGGCCCCGAAGGUGUACAUCCCCGAAGAGAUACAGCACCCUAGCUGGAACGGUCAGCUCCCUGACACCAUCCAGGCUGACGGGCUUCAAUUCGCCGAUCUGGACGUAGGCAGCUGGACCGUGAAGCUCGAGUUCCGCAUUGGAGGCCAGCUCGCGACCGGUAGCGGAUUCCACAUCAAUGUCCCCGAUUGCUCGAAGGCUAUAAUCCUUACUGCCGGUCAUAAUCUGUUGGCAGUCGACGGCACGCGGUCCACAGAGCUCGCCGUCCUGGAGCCGGGGGAAGGACCGAGCGGGCCAGCUAAGUACAUCGUGCCGGACGACGAUAUCCACAUAUCAAAGGCUUUCACGGGCGAGCAUGGCAAACCGGCAGUGGACUGGGGAGUGAUCCUCUAUCCACGUGACCGGUUCAAAGGUUCGAUGAAGGACAGAGGAGGUUUCGGGUACAGCUUGCGUCUCGGACACGCGCAACAUGUCAAAGGGACCCUGUACGUGAGUGGUUACCAAGGCGUUACGAUGCCUGGUCAUCCGAUCACAUCGUCUGGUCCGCUCGUUGCCGCUUAUACGGACUGGCUGGAGUAUCGCCCUAAGACGGAGCAGGGCAUCAGCGGUUCUGUGGUAUGGACGGAAUACAAGGGACAUCCGACCGUGAUAGCAAUACAUAACUCGAGCCCGGACCCUACUAAGCGCAAGACUGGAGGCAGUCGCGGAACACGUCUCACUGCCGCGUUGCUGAGCGAAGUCUUCCGCUUCGCGAAUGUCGGCCAGUGGAAUGUCAGACUUCGCGCACACGGGACGCCGAAGCAGGUCAAACUCCUUCCGAAGCGAGGCUUGUUCCUGUGCUUCCCGGAGGGCUUCCCCUUCGCCAGAGUGCGACUUGGACCGGGGACAGCAGUAAACCUUCUGCCCGCGGAGGUUACGAAGAACACGAAGCAGUACGCGAUAGAGGUUCAGGGUAAAUGGGCGCUCUUCAACGUGCAGAAGCAACAAGUUACUUUGAGCGCGGACGUCCGGGAGGAAUCCCUCUUCACCGUGAUGGACAAGUCGGCCAAAAAUUCGAAGGAGACGGCAGUAGAGAUUGUGAUUGAGGGCAAGGAGAAGAGGAUGCAGGUGCGCGUGAGGGGGGAGAAGCUGAAGGGCCUCGAGGACGAUUGCGACGACGAGGACGCCGAGAGCUCCGAGGUAUCGAUGGUCCCAUACCCCAGUAAGGAAACGUUCGUCCGCUUUGCCCUCGAGCCUGCUUCAGCAGAAGCUUGA